AUGAUUUUGUUGUACCCGUGCGCAAAUUUGGAAUGCGAGUACCCCAUCGGUCACCCAGAAUUCAUCGACCAGCCAAAGACCACAGACAUCAGCAGAUACUACAGGUUGGUAAAAUGCAAAAUUUUACCCCCCCAAUUAUAUCAUCCCGUAUUACCAUACAGGUACGCCUCCAAACUCCUAUUCCCAUUAUGCAGAACAUGCGCGCAGCAACAGAUAAAACAGCAACCCACAAACAACAAAAAAAGCGAAACCUGCCCUCAUUCCAUUGAGGAACGGACCCUCACAGGUAACGUUCAAAGAAACUCUUUCAAUCAUACAUAA